CGCCGUGUCGACUGCUGAUACCCUUAAGAGGUCAUAUAAUCGGGGUAGAUGGCGUGGGGCGUGGGGAGAUCAAUACAAUGACUGCUCCCUUCAAUUUUGUCGAAGGACAGAUAACUCUCAAUUCAUUGUGAUAUCACCGGUGUGUGUAGGUCUAGCAGAACACAUUUUGUGUUAUUUAUGAUAAUAUUUAUAUCGUGAAAAGAUGAUUAGAAGCAUUAUUAAACCAAGCAAUGGUCGUAUUCUUCAGAGAUUACUUACCCAAGGUCAACAGCAAGUAAGAUUUCGAUCACGACUACCAUUUAACACAGUUAUAUUAUUUGUACCUCAACAAGAAGCCUGGGUCAUAGAAAGGUUUGGUAAAUGGCAUAGAGUUUUAGACCCAGGUUUAAAUUUUCUUCUUCCCGUUGUUGAUUCCAUUAAAUAUGUUCAGACAUUGAAAGAAAUAGCAAUAGAUGUUCCACAUCAGGCAGCUAUUACCAUUGAUAAUGUAACAUUAACUAUGGAUGCUGUGCUAUAUUUACGUGUAAUCGAUCCAUAUAAGGCUUCUUAUGGAGUAGAAGAUCCAGAAUAUGCUAUAACUCAACUAGCUCAAACUACAAUGAGAUCUGAGAUUGGUAAAAUUACACUUGAUGGAGUAUUUAGAGAAAGAGAAUCACUUAAUACAGCCAUUGUUCAUGCUAUAAAUAAAGCUGCUGAAGCGUGGGGUAUUAGUUGUAUGAGAUAUGAAAUACGUGAUGUAAAAUUGCCAGCUAAAGUUCAAGAAGCCAUGCAGAUGCAAGUGGAAGCAGAAAGAAAAAAGAGAGCAGCUGUUUUAGAAUCUGAAGGUAUUAGAGAAGCUGAAAUCAAUGUAGCUGAGGGUAAAAAGAAAUCAAGAAUUUUAAAUUCUGAAGCUUUUAAAGCAGAACAAGUAAAUCAGGCCACUGGUGAAGCGGAAGCGUUGAUAGCAAAAGCUAAUGCCAAGGCCAAAUCCAUUGAUAUAGUUUCUUCUGCACUCUCACAAAGGAAUGGUAUAAAUGCUGUGUCCUUUAAUGUUGCUGAACAAUAUGUAGGAGCAUUUAGUAAUUUAGCUAAGAAAGGAAAUACUCUUAUUUUGCCAACAAAUACGGGAGAUGUUUCUAGCAUGGUCGGGCAGGCCAUGGCAAUAUAUAAAAAUAUAGCAAAUCAAUCAAUAGAUCAUGAUGAAUAUGAUGACACUCCAUUAAGUCCUUCUGAUUCUUCAAGUUAUCUACAUGACAAAUCUAAUUUUGAAUCAGCUGAAACAGGAAAAGAUAACCCUGAAAAUAGAUCACCAGAUGAUAAAUUAUCUUGAUCCUGCCGUUUAAAUUAUAAACUAUUUUAUGUAGAAAUGUAUAAUAUACAUAAUGUGGAGACAUUAUUGCAGUUAAUAAAGUCUGGUAAAAGGGGACUAUUAUGUACCAUGUGAAUUUUUUUUCUCAUGAUUAUUAUAGCAGACCAGUAUUUACAUGUGCAAGUGGAAAUUUACAUGAAAUAUGAUUAUGUAGAUGUGUGACAGAAAUAUAAACAAAAGUAAAGAAUGUAAUUUUUUUGUCAAAAUUAGAUUUAUGUAUCAAAGAUUUGGAUUUAUGAUCAGGGGUCUAUUUUAUUGAUUUAAAUAUAUACCAGUCACUCUAUGAUGAUAAUUUUUUAUUUACAUGUGUCUUGUUAAAAAUAAAUUAAUUAAAAGUAAAACCAAUAUCAAAUAUAUGUGCAUUGUUAUAUGGUGCUAAAAUGCUAUACAUGGUUUAGUUCACUGUUUAAAUUUUCUCCCUCUUGAUUAAAAAGACAUGGUAUUGGUGCCUUGGAGAUCUUGUACGGUCAAUAAAAUGAAAAUUUACUAAUGGAUUUGACAAAACAGUUAAAUCUGAAGUAUUCAAUAUAUAUGAUUUUAUGCAAAAUUUGAGAGAGAUAUAUAGAUCAUUAAGAUUUAUUACAAGUUGUACACAUUAUAGCCUAUGGUAGUUUUCAAGGAGUUAUAGCAGACACUCUUAAACAUGUUUCUGACAAUAAGUGAGUGAUUGGAUUUUUGAUAGCUAGUCUAGCCAUAUUUUGAAAAUAAUGUCUAAACUUAAUUACAUUUAUUUCCUUUUUGAAAGUGAUAAUGCCUUUAUAAUAAUCAGCAUUGACUAUAUAAACAUAAUUGUUUGUGUAUGUGAUGAAAGAAUGUAUAGUGCUAUGACCUAUUAAAAUAAAGAUUAUUAACACUG